AUGGAAGCUACUUUUGUUAGUGGUGUAACAUGUAGCGCUCCGUGCGUUGAGCAGCUUUCGUACGUACAUUCUACUGCGUCAAGUAUUAGUAAAGACGAACAAGAGGAGAAUACUAGCAACAUUCUGUUACAAAAGGCUGAAGAGAAAGCAGAAGCAGAAGCGGCAGUAGAUGCAGAAGCAGAUGCAGAAGGAUUGCCACUUCGACUUGGUGACGUUCCCAAUAUAUAUCAUUGGCGUCAGAUUGGAUUACUAAUCCAAUAUGCAGCAGUAGGAGUAUUGUACGGUGGAUUACCUCGUACCAUCUAUCCGUUUUUAAAUAAUUAUUUGCACUUGGAUGGGUAUCAGACACUAUCAGCACGUGUAUUGCUCUCACUUCCUUGGUCGUUUAAAGUUGUGAUUGGAAUUGUAUCAGAUUGUUUUCCCAUAUUACAUUCUCGUCGUCGUGCGUACAUGAUUGUCGGGUGGAUCGUAUGUUCAAGCAUGCUACUAGUGCUCGUUUUUGUCAAUCAAGAGCCGCCAUUCUAUAUCGACUCUAGUUUACGAGGGAAAGACCUUUCCAAACUAUCUCUUCAUGAUCUGAUAGGACGAGUGAACUGGCACGCACCACACUCGGGAUCUCUUUACAUUGUGCUCAUGAUGCUCGCUAGUUUGGGCUAUAUGAUUGCCGAUGUCGCUUCUGACGGUCUUGUGGUUGAAUUUGCACAGCGUGAGCCAGAAAACAUUCGUGGCAAUAUCCAGUCGACCGUAUACCUCGUACGCAGUAUGGCAAUGAUUCUGGCAGCUUUACUGGUUGGAUUUGGCCUGAACGGUCAAGAUUAUGGAGGAUCGUUCACGUGGACAUUGACAAUGAGCCACCUAAUGCUGAUCUUCUCGCUGCUAAGCUUAGCGGCGAUCCCUGCUGCACUAUGGCUAGUACAGGAGCCGUCAUUAGGUGACCGUGUACCGUAUUUUACUGAGUAUAUGCGUAGUCUGUGGGUACUGAUCCAGAACUCCGCUGUUGUGCAGAUCUUGGCUUACAGAUUCUUUAGCGGGAUCUUUGAUGGCUUCACAAUUACUGCUGGCGACCCAAUCCAGCGAUACUGGGCUCGAGUGCACCCGCUGAAUGAGAGUUUAUUUUCCGUACUUGGGCUUGCUGUAUUCAGUGCAGCACUGUAUGUAACCAAGCGCAUUGGGUUGGGUUGGUCUUGGCGACGUGUCAUUGCAUGGACGACAGUCUCUGUGAUAGCUAUGGAUGCAAUCGUGGGCAUGCUGACCAUUUGGGACGUGGUGCGAAGCCAGUGGUUUUGGCUAGGCACACCAAUUUUGGAAGAGCUACCACAAGCCAUGAACUUUCUCGUAUCGACAUUUGUCGUCGUGGAGCUAGCCGAGCUUGGGAAUGAAGCUGCUGUGUAUGGACUGCUGACAACUGUGAGCAAUUUGUCAAGUCCAUUUUCGUCUUGCAUAUCCAAGAACGUCAAUGCGUUAUUUGAUGUAACAGUGACAGACAUUAUCUAUGAUUCAAUACACGUGCGUUGGCAAGUUACGUGGACAUUUGUGAUUGCAUAUAGCAUGAAGUUGCUCUCACUUGCGUGGUUACCAUUACUUCCUCGUCAAAAACGCGAAACUCAAUUGCUCAAGAGACGUGCUCGUUUGUGGUUGUGGGGAGGUGUUGGAAGCAUUUCCAUCUUUCUCUUUGCUUUCUUGUGGUCAAUUACGACAAACCUCUUAUCGAUUUUUCCAAACACUGCUUGUCUAGUCCUCGCUGGUGGUUCUGGAUGCAAGAAGUAA